AUGUCUGCCUCGACCUCGACUGCUGCGCCUAAACGAUAUGUGCUUAUCACUGGUUGCUCUCCGGGAGGAAUAGGGCACGCGCUGGCGCUGGAGUACCACAGACAAGGGCUACAUGUCAUCGCGACCGCGCGACGAUUAGAAGUUAUCGAGGACCUACGCGCUCUCGGUAUGACGACCUUACGGCUCGACGUCACCGACAAAGAGGCUAUUCGGAGUGCACGCGACGAGAUUGACGAGCUCACGGGAGGCCGUCUGGACGUCCUCAUCAAUAACGCUGGUUACGGCUAUACCGUGGCCGUGACAGACAUGCACCUCGAAGACGUCCGCAACCUAUUCGAAACGAACGUCAUUGCGCCAGUGGCGAUGGUUCAGGCGUUUGCGCCUAUGCUUAUCGCGUCGGGAGAUGGACGAAUCGUGCAGCUCGGCAGUAUAGCUGGGUUCGCGCCUAUACCAUUCGGCGCGGCGUAUAACAUGAGCAAGGCGGCGUUGAUGGCGUUGUCAAAUACGCUUAGGGUUGAGAUGGCCCCAUUCAACGUGAAGGUUGUACACGCCAUUGUCGGACGCGUGAAGACCGAGAUCGUGAAACCACGCAGUAUACCAGUCGAUUCACUAUUCAGGCCUAUGGAGGAGGUGUUCCAGGCGAAGCGGAUAGGUGUCUCCCAAGAAGGUGCAAUGCCAGCCGACGAACUCGCCCGUGAACUUGUCCCAGAAACACUACGAUCACAUCCAAAGCGGUGGGUAUGGGCCGGGGGUCAAACCUGGAUACCCUGGUUCUUCUAUACCUUCCUUGGUCAACCCGGGUUCGAUUGGCUCAUGAGAAAGAUGUUCGGCUUCUCAGAGUUUUCCGGUGUAUGCAUCGACGGAGAGCCCAAACUUAUACCUGUAUAG